AUGUCGCUCGACAACACUGACCUCGAAAAACCCGGUGCGACCGCGCUCGAGAAGGAAAAUGUCGCUGCCAGCCCGCUUGGCUCUACAGGGGAUGCCGCGGCGGCCUUUUCGCCGGCGAUGCAGAAGCGUGUCCUUCGCAAGAUGGACCUGCGUCUGAUUCCGAUGCUUGCGCUGCUGUAUCUGCUGGCGUUUCUGGACAGGGGAAACAUUGGGAAUGCGAAGAUCGAGGGAAUGCUGGAUGAUUUGCAUAUGACGGGGCCGCAGUAUAACUGGUGCUUGACUGUGUUUUUCUUUACUUAUGUCGCGUUCGAGCUGCCGAGUAACCUGCUGCUGAAGAAGUUGAGGCCGUCGAGGUUGCUGCCUUUGCUGAUGGUUGCGUGGGGGAUUGUGAUGACAUUGAUGGGCAUUGUUAAAGAUUACCACGGUCUCUUAAUCUCCCGUCUCUUCCUCGGUGUCGCAGAGGCCGGUCUAUACCCCGGGAUCGCAUACUACAUCACCCUCUGGUACCCCCGACACCUCGCCCAGUACCGCCAGGCCUUCUUCUUCAGUGCCGCCAGUGUCGCUGGUGCUUUCUCCGGCAUCCUCGCCUGGGCCAUCGCGAAAAUGGACGGCGUGGGCAGCCUUGCCGGAUGGCGCUGGAUCUUCAUUCUCGAGGGAAUUCUAACUGUCCUGGUUGGUGUUGUUGCGCCAUUCACAAUGUAUGACUUUCCAGAGACAGCGUCGUUCCUAACGGAGGAGGAACGAGAGUACGUGAUCAAUGCCCUGCGCACGCAGACAUCCGGAGAGGCCAGACAGGAAGUCGUCGAGGAAGAGGCCAAGUUCCGCACGAAAUACGUCUUCGAUGCCCUGACGGACUGGCAGAUCUAUAUUGGGUUAUUUAUGUACUGGGGUAUAACAUGCCCCCUGUACGGAAUCUCCUUCUUCCUCCCCUCCAUCAUCAAGGAUCUGGGCUAUACAUCUUCCACGGCACAGCUGCUCACCGUGCCCAUCUACAUCACUGCGGCGGUUGUAGCCGUCUUCGGUGCCUGGCUGUCUGAUCGAUACAAGAAGCGCUCGCCGUUUAUACUCUUCUUCAUGUCCUUGAUUGCCAUCGGGUUUAUUAUAGUUCUCGCCUCCUCGGACCGCGGCGUGCCAGGUGUGGUGUAUUUUGGGGUGUUUGUUGCUGUUGUUGGUAUAUAUCCCGCCUUCCCAGGAAACAUCACCUGGAUUAGCGUCAACCUCGCAGGCGACUAUAAACGCGCUGCUGGGAUGGCUAUGCAUAUCGGGUUGGGGAACCUUGCUGGUGCAAUGGCAUCAAACUUCUACCGCGAGCAGGACGCACCGAAAUACACCCUCGGGCAUGCGCUGGAAUUGGGGUUCUGUGUUGUGGGCAUCGGGGCUGUCCUGGUGUUGCGCCAGUCGUAUAAACGGAUUAACAGGAAGAGGGAGCAGAUGGAUGUCUCGAAUUAUGCGUCGUACGAGAUGGCGAAGAUGGGUGAUAGGUCGCCUAUGUUUAGGUAUAUGCUGUAA